UAGACAAAGGCCUCCACUCCGUAAAGCGACCUGAAAAACAGGAAAAGCGCCCACACCUUGUUUCAAGAAUUUGUUUUCAGUGCGGCAUUUAAGCAAACACACAGCGAGCGAACCACACCGGCAGUCUCAACUUCUCAACAUGCAAAGCAUUAGAAAUUCCAUCUUGUGGCAUGUGAGGGUAGGGAGUUCAGCCGAAAAAUGGUUGCUUACUGAAAGAGGAAAUGUGCUGAAAUCUCUGAGCCGCCACAUGUGUGCCGCAACAGGUACUACCAGCACUGAUCAGAUAAUGGACCGAGUGAUUGGACUCGUGAAGAAAUUUGAUAAAAUUGAUGCAUCUAAGGUUACUGAAACAGCUGAUUUCCAGAAGGACUUAAACCUGGAUAGUUUGGACAGGGUGGAGCUUGUUAUGGCCUUUGAGGAAGAAUUCUCCAUUGAAAUCCCUGAAGAGAAAGCAGAUAAGCUGACCUGCUGCGCUGAUGUUGCAAGAUACAUAGUUUCUGGAGCCGAGCAGAAGAGUGUUUAAGUCCUGCGUAAUUCCCGUAAGAUGAUUUCUGAAGACAAAUUGUGUUUUAGAAUUUUUCACUCAUGUUAUGAAUGAAUGAAUUAGUCAUUUUAUAAAAUAUAAAAUGUUGGUGACCUUGAGACUGAUUGAGAGCACCUCUCAUUUUGCAAAACUUA